GCCAGUCCCUUCCUUUCCCAGAGGUAUAUGCCCGCUCUUCCGGGGGGGUGAGCGCCUCCGUGCCUACCCUCCAGGGAAAGUUAACCCGGGAACUCUGGGAGAAAUGUUUCCUCCCAAGGCCCUUACGCUGGUGAGGACUCAAGAUACUUUGCUGUGUCUUCUGAAAAGGCUUCCUUCUCCAGGCCUUCAAUUUACAUCCCAGAAAUGACCUAAAUUUAUUCACACUAGAGUUAAACGUCCCUAGGAAUAUCUACGUUUAUCUGGGAUUUGGUGCUUAAUCUAAAUUAGAAAGUGAAACUUUAGUGUGAAAUUCUAGGCCUCAUUCAAGGGGUGAGUGAAAGCUUGGAAGGAUAGCAGAAAACACCCCAAGAGGUAGGCAAAUUGCUACUGAAAAAGCGGAGUCCUGGUUGCCACAGUUACUUAUUCGUAGAUGAAUAAUAAAAGUUAAAUUUCAGAAAAGGUAAAGUGUAAAAUUAUAAUUUAAAAAUUAAAUGUUCAGAAGUCUUAAAAGGAUAGGGAUUUUGGCCCCCCUCCUCUUUCCCUGUUGUAUAGAACACUCAGAGUUUCCCUUGUGAAAUCUGAAACUGAUCCCCCUACGCAGGAAAGCAGAAACCCGAAGACGCAGGCCCUUCCAUAUUGGAAGGUGACAGGUGUAAUAAGCGGGGGAACUUAGGUGGCUUGUCGUGGCUGCAAGACAAGGUCUCCAUCCAGAUUCUUAAGUUUAUACAGAGGCCAUAACAUGGCUGAGUCACCUAUACCGUCCAAAUGGUCUCAACACACUCCGUUUUCAAGGCUGCCUCCUUCGGGUGGCUCCCAGUACCAACACUGCGGUCGACUGUAGUUCCAAGGACAGGGAGUGGCUGAGGAGCCUCUCAUUGCCCCCUUCAGUUCUGGGUCUACCGGAGGUCAGGUCCCCCCCAUGACCAACGUCACUCCCCCUAAACUGAACGUUGUGAACAGCCGCAGCUAUGCAGGACUUAAGGACCAGAAGCGGGGUUAGGGAAGGCUCUGAGAAGGAAGGCGCCGCCCUCCUGUGGGACCCCGGGGAAGGAACCCUGCCCGUGGAGCCAGGCUGCGUCUGCGGACAGCUCUCAGGAACGUGCUGGCGGAGGCGCGCGAGGAAGGCACCGCCCACAUCCGGGAGGCGGGGGCACUGAGCUUCCGGCGGCGGCCUGAGGCCCUGCGGGCGCUUCCGCCUCAACCCCAGGGAUGCCAGGCUCCUCCCCAGUCCUCUCCAGCGCAGGGCCACGACGGCAGCAUGGCAGGCGCUGAGUUGCGGGCGGCACUCGAGCAGCGGCUCGACGCCCUGGGCAUCCGCACGGAGGUCGUGGAGCACCCGGAGGUGUUUACAGUUGAAGAAAUGAUGCCUCAUAUCCAACAUCUGAAAGGAGCACAUAGUAAGAACUUAUUUCUUAAAGACAAAAAGAAGAAAGGCUAUUGGCUGGUGACAGUUCUUCAUGAUAGACAAGUUAAUUUAAAUGAUCUUGCCAAACAGUUAGGUGUUGGGAGUGGAAAUCUGCGGUUUGCUGAUGAAACAGCCAUGUUAGAAAAACUAAAGGUUGGCCAAGGCUGUGCCACACCCUUGGCACUAUUCUGUGAUGAUGGAGAUGUGAAAUUUGUUCUGGAUUCUGCUUUUCUGGAAGGUGGACAUGAAAAGGUGUACUUUCAUCCAAUGACCAAUGCUGCAACCAUGGGAUUGAGCCCUGAAGACUUUCUUACAUUUGUGAAGAAGACAGGACAUGAUCCCAUAAUACUAAAUUUUGAUAAAAACAACUAAUUGGGCUAAUGUUUAGAAUACAUUUAUAUCUAAAAGCUGGGGUUUUUUGUAAUUUGUAAAAAGCAUUAAAAGUGGUAAUAUUUUGCA